CUGGUCGCCAUAUUUGUGGCGAUAAUAGUUCUUGGGCUUUCCUAAAUAAUUUUCGUCGUUAACGACGAAAGGGAGUAAUAAAUACUCCCUUUUUUGUGUUGGUAGUGUGAAUACUAUUAUUUACCGCUAGGUAAAACUUGCUUUUGAAGAAAAAUAUACUUUUUCUUUGUUUCGUAUUAUAAACAUGGCUUUCUAAAAUGUCGGCCUUGCACGUAAUUUCGUUAUCUCCUCGCGGAGUGUCCCACUCAGCUGUUUUUGUGGAUGUUGGAGGAAUCCAGGAUGGACAAGAAAUCAUUAAAUCGCUCUUCUCAACCACAGUCGAGGGCAUCCGCUCUCGACAGUAAGAAAAAUUCAGAAUCAACUCAUAAGCCUUGGCCACGAAACAAUAAGAAACGCGAAGGUCAAGGGUCUUCAUCUAAAAAUGAACCAUACUGCAAGAAUGCUCCUGCACAACGAGGUAGAGGUCCUGUUGAUAGACGCCCACGCACUCGUGGUCCACCCAGUUUCAACGUGGGUGGAGCGCAGAAUGCCAGGCUAGAGUAUGAUGAAGAUGAGCCAGAGAUUGGCCCUGUAUUUGUGCCGAAAAGCAAGAAGCAAAAUCUGAACCAUUUGCUGAACUUUAUGUAUCCCACCCAUGGGGGAACAGAGCGCAGGGGUCAUCAACCGCAAUCUCGUCGUCCUACUUACCAUAGAGUCUCUACCCGUCAUGAACACGAUCUCUACUUACGGGCUUAUUGUCAAUUUGUAGUCAAGGAGGAUGGGGAUUAUGAUGCUAACUUGUUGGAUCCUGACUUGCCUGUGAAAUGGGAUCAAGUAGAAGAAAUUGUUGUGCGCAGCACCGGCAACACGGAAUGCCCAAUAUGUCUCGGCGCACCGGUCGCGGGGCGCGCGGGCCUAUGCGGCCACGUGUACUGCUGGCCGUGCGCGCUGCACUACGUGGCCGCCAGCGAGAAGCAGCCGCCGCCGUGCCCCGUGUGCGCUGCCCCGCUGCACGUGCCUGACAUGAGGCCCACCAGGACGGUGCAGUGGCCGCCGCCCGCGGACGAGAUUACAAUGAGGUUGGUGCGUCGUUUGAGAGGUUCAACUACUGUUGAAAUUGCACCGCCACGUGGAACACUUACUGAUAUAAAACAAUCUCCUAUUUUACCUCUGGAGAGUGUGAACCAGGCACCUUACUCCAAGUUCUUUACAGCUUCAACAAAACAGGUCCAGGAGAUAUUAGAGAGGGAAAGAAAUGAAAUCCAGAAACAGAUAAUGGCUGAAAUUGAUACAACUGAAAUAGUGUUUAUGGAGCAAGCUCUAGCUAUUCUAAAGAAAAAAGAAGACGAUAUAAAAGAACAACUUGACAAGCCAAAAAUCCAACAGAAUCUGAUGGAAGAAGAAGUUCCUUUAGUUUAUGAAGCACAGUCAAUUAAUGAGAAAAGAAUUGAUUGGUUCGAUGUACCUGAUGAGGCAACAGGUUUGAAUUUAGAAGAAGGCGUGAAUUUACUUCAGAAACAAAUAGCAGUACUUGAUAUAGAUGCAGAAGAUUCAAACCUUAACCCUGAUGCACCAACUUUCAUGUUAAAAAAUGACGUGGAUGAGAACGAGCCAGAAGAAUUUCCUUUGAUUGAAAAUGAUUUGUCUCAAGAGGAAGAAACUGUUGAUGAUAAUCCUUCUAUCACUGAUAUUGACAAACAGAAUCAAGUGAAAUAUUUUUACUUUUACCAAGCUGAGGAUGGACAACAACUGUUCCUCAAUAGCUUGAAUGUGCGCAUUUUGAAUGCGUCUUGGGGCACUCUGUCUGCCGCGCCGCCAAUCAUUCGAGGACGCGUUUUGCAUCGAGAAACUAUACCACUCACAGAACAGACGCGAAAACACAUGCCCUAUACUGCUCACUUACCUAUGCAUUGCUCAUUUGAUAUUGUGGAAUUGGAUCUCCAACCACCAUAUGUUACAAACACCGCUCUCAAAAGUUUCUCAGAGGAGUUAGUACGCCGUGCCCGUAUUCGCGCCCGCCACGAGCGUGACGAGAGACGUCGCGAACGCGAAUUCCGUCGUGCUAUGGAAGGCCCUCCUAAGCCUGACUUCUCGUCCGCAGUUCUGUUUCCACCAGCUACCCUCAGCAGUCCGGUUGAUUCUCCACUGCUGUCUACAUCGCUUGAGGAACCGUCUCCUUCUCCGACAGCGUCUUCUUCCUCUGGACCGUCAUUUGCUAAGAUGGCGAGCACAAGCGGCACAUGGCGAGUGAGGCGCGUGGAAGCCCCGCCACCCCCGCCGCCUGAAGACGAGCCUUCCGCUCCCAGGACCCUGAGCCUCAGCGACGCCAUAGAAGCCGCACUCCAAGCCUCUCCCGCGCCGUCCUCCAAGAAAAACAAAAAAACUAAGGCCAAAAAGAUCUUAUUCGCCACUGGCAUGCAACGAACAGACUAAUGAGACCUUAGCUCCCACAACCCCUUAGCCUUAGCGACUCCAUAGAAGCCGCCCUACACGCCCCUCCCUCGCCCUCCUCCAAGAAAACAAAAAGACUAAGGCCACGAAGAUCUUUUUCACCGCCCGCAUGUAACGUACAGAUUAACAAGAUAACAAGAGAAGUUGAGCUUAUCCUUCAUUAACUAUUUGCAUAAAGAAUUUCCUUUAUUUUCAGCUAGAUGUUAACAUAUAUUUAUCAUGUAUAGUUAAAAUAUUUAUUGCAGAUUAUUUUCCAAAUAAUGUUUAUAUGUCACAGGUACUACUGUUAUCGUAAUCGUUGAGCUACUUUUAUAUUAUUUUAUUGAAAAGAAAUUGACAGUUUACUUUUAUGGUCUGCGCAUAUGAGAGGCUUUUGUCCUCAAAUGCCCGCCGUGGACUUGUCACGGACUCGACGAACACGAUGUGCGAACGAAAAUUUAGAGAAUCGCACGUUAAGCCUAUUGUAUACAUCGGAUUGAGCGCGCAAUGAGCAAUCAUGAGAUCUAUUUUUUUCGGGAUGUCCCUGUACUUUUGUCAAGUGCAGUCUCUCGGUGUCCUCGGUUAUUUGGGGAAUUUGCCCCUACUUUUGUUCUCUCCUUGUGUGCGUUACUCUAUGCAGUUAUAAGUAAUCUAUUUUGGCGGACAGAAGUUCCUCGUCUGCGCAGGCCCUUACUGCUAUCAUUAUUUUUUUAAGAUACUUUAACUAAUAAAAUAAAGUUUUAGUGAUCCACAGGGCUGAUGUACGUAGUUGAUAAUGACAAACUGAAUAUUAUUAAAUUUUUGGUAUUAAUGUGAUUUACCUACGAUGAACAUUUAUGUAUCGAUUUUUAAAGUGAUGUUUAGUUGACGGUAGUUAUAGCUUUCAAAUGUCUACAUGAUAUUCAGUGAAUAAAU